AUGGCAGGAUCAUCUUCAGGUGGGAAAUCUGAUGCUGGGAGGGAUGUCCACGUAACAAAAAGGAAACAAGCUGAAGUAAAUGAAAGUGAUAUUCGACCGUUCCAAUGUCAAGAACAUCUUGGAGAUGCUGCAGCAAAAUCACCAGAUAACGAUAUGCUAUUGGCAACGUCAGAUGUUAGUAAAAACGGAAAGGUCUCUACAACACUUACAGCAGCAAAAGUACCUGUAUCAUCACAAGAAGAAGAUGACUUGGCGGUGGUUGUGGCAAAGUGCUGGAACGACUUUUUAUCAGCAGAGUUCAGUCUUGGUAUAACAUAUUCUGGACUGCCUUUGUCUUUAAACUAUGGCAAAUAUCAAGAGCUGCUAUCUGGGCAAGGAAACUUUGUACCCAAAGUAAACAAAGCUUUGUUUGUAAUGUUUCCUGAGGAUUACAAGAACAAAUGCGCCAAAGAUCUGUUGAUCCCUGUAUCAAAUGCGGAAGACUACCCAUGCCCAAUUGUGAUCCAAGUUUGGCUACUAACACCACCAUUCUUGAUUUACCGGCUGAAUUGGUUGAAGAUGAAGAAUCUUGGUGAAGAGCUUGAUUGGAUAUACUGGACAGGAAACAAAGAGUUGAAAGCAGUUGGGGGCAAGAAAGGUGUUGAGGGGCUUGGCAAGAUUUUGCAUAGAAUAAAAGCAAUCGAAAAGUCAGGGAAGGGAGCAGCAAUUGAUUUUUUCAAAGACAAGAAAGCUAAGGAUACAAGUAAGAAAGUUUGUCUUGCUGAAGAUUUGCAUCAUUUUUGGAAACCAAAGGAGAACAAGAGGAAGAGAGUGAACAACAUUGGACUCUCUGCAGAACAAAAGCAGCAAAUCAAGAAUGAAGAGCUCAACACCAUUUGUUACCAUGAACAGCCUAAUCAACAUAUGGAAAUUUUUGAAGAGCGUCUGAUGCAGUUGGAGCUACUGCUACAAGCCAAAAAACCAAACGAGAACAAUUCAAAAAUUAUUUCUUGUGUCAACAAGGCUACACAAGAUUACCAAAAAGAGAUAAAGAAACAGUAUUGCAAUGUUGAUCAAGGCACCCUGGAGUUUUGA